AUGGCCUUGAUCGCGUCCUUGACCAACAAAAUGUUGCUCGUCGCUGCUCUCAUGGCCGCAGUGGUGGUCGACUCCUCCAGGAUGAUCCAGCGUCUCGUUUUGCUCUCGCCACCAACGGGGCCUAAUCCGGGCGGGAACUCGAAGGAUGUGGACGAGGUGGCAAUGGAAUUCAUCUCUCCGCCAUCCGGUCCCAGCCCUGGUGGUAACGGUGGAUCGCGGUUUGAGGUCUCAAAGCCCCGGACGCCAUCUCCUCCGGCCGGUCCGAGCCGAGUCCACAAUGGAGAGGGUCAGUUCGUCGUCUCCAAGCCCCGCACAACGCCAUCUCCUCCGGCCGGUCCGAGCCCAGUCCACAAUGGAGGGGGCCAGUUCGUCGUCUCCAAGCCCCGCAUAACGCCAUCUCCUCCGGCCGGUCCGAGCCGAGUCCACAAUGGAGAGGGCCAGUUCGUCGUCUCCAAGCCCCGCACAACGCCAUCUCCUCCGGCCGGUCCCAGCCCAGUUCAUAGAAGGCCCGUUCGUCGUCUCCAAGCGCCAUCGCCUCCGUCCGGUCCCAGCCCCGUCCACGACGAGAUCGAUCUUCACUUGGUUCCAGCGGGUCCGAAUCCACUCCACAACUUUGGAACCGUGUUCCAUAGCGUUCCGGAGGGGCCAGAUCCAGUUGGAAACUAG